AUGAGAUAGAUAUUAAAUGAGAAUUAUUGUAACGAUAGUAUUAUAGAGUAUUAUUAAUGCAUUACAUUUUGGAUCCAAUUUUAAAUAUUUAUCAUUAAUUUAUGUGAGUUUUUAGCUUAUAUUCAUCCAUAUCCUUAAUUAGCUUACAACAUAAAAAGUGGAUUAUAACAAAUAGAGUUAGAUUACAAAAAUGGUAUUAUAAUUAUUUAUAAUAUUUAAUUGAAAAGAUUUUUUUUAAAGUAAUAUAUCUAGAUGAUUAAGAAUGGAUUUAGAAAUUUAAUGCUUUUUCAUUCCAUAAUCAAAAUUUUUAUUUAAAUAUUUUAGCAGAUAGUGUUUUAUAAGUGCUAUAUUGAGAAGGUAAAAUGUAAUUAGAAGUAAAUUAUAACUAUGAAGAAGAAUAAAUAUGUGAAAUUAAAUGUUGUGAUUUAUUUUAAACUUGCAAUGGACCAACUCAAAGGGAUUGUAUUUCAUGAGCAUAAAAUUCAAAAGAUAAUCGAAAUUUUGAUUUUGGAAUUAGAUUUUAUCAAAAAAUGUAGUAAAAUGAUAUCCAAUACUGAAUGCAGAAUUAAUAAAUGA